GCCUUCCUCUCCACUGCGCCCGCGCUGGUGCCCUGCAUUCAAAGUUAUGCCCGGCACAUACCCAAUGUGGCUGACGACCUCGCCCGUUUGCGAGACUUUGCUCAGAACCUGAACUUGAGUCUCUGA